UGCCGCAGCGGCCGCGUCGCUUGUAAACAGAGCCUGCUUCUGCCCACGUGAUCGUGCGAAGUACCUGUACGGCGAACUGUGUUGUCCGCGGCGGCGCUCGCCCGCCCGCCAGGUGCAGGACAAUACCGCGGCGGGAGGCGGGGCCGGCGCAGCUCGCGACGCAGGCGCUGGGAGACGAGCGGCAGCGGGAGGCCGAGCUAGCGAGCGGCCGUUCCCCCCCGGCGCAUCCGUCUCCCCCAAGAUGGCUGAAGGCGGGCAGUGAGCCGGCGGCGGAUGUGGAUGCUUAGCGCGGGCGCGUAGCGCAGCACCAUGUCCGCCUUCGCGCUGGAGGAGACGCUGGAGGCGGACUGGGUGGCGGUGAGGCCCCACGCCUUCCUCGAGCGAGAGAAGCACAAGUUCGCGUUCAUCGUGGCCUGGAACGAGAUCGAGGGCAAGUUCGCCAUCACCUGCCACAACCGGACGGCUCAGCGGCAGCGCAGCGGCUCGCGGGAGUUGCGCCGGGGCAGCCCCGGGUGGCCGGAGCACAGGGCCCCUGCCCAGGCUGACGCCCCCGCGGUCCGCCGGACCCCGGCCUGUGGGGUGGACUUCAGCCGGGCCAGGAGCUCUUCGCAUCCCCGCGCGGACUCGCUGCUGCGGAGCACCGAGAAGGGCGCCGCGGCCGGGGCAGAAGGGAUGCUGAAGAGCCCGCUGCGGACGAAGGCUAGUCCGGUCCGGAGGCCUCCACGCAACACGGAGGCGGCGGCGCCGAGCCCAGUUAGUGCGGCCGAGGAGAUCGAGGUGCUGGAGCUGGUGAAGGAUGAGCCCGCGGCCCCGCUGUUCUUGUUGCCGGGACCCGUGCAGCAAGGUGCCGAGCCGGCCACAAACGCGGACUCCUCGGGGGAAGAGUGCAGCUGGGCCGGCCUCUUCUCCUUCCAGGACUUGCGGGCCGUGCAUCAGCAGCUGUGCUCGGUGAACUCGGAGCUAGAGCCCUGCCUGCCCGUCUUCCCCGAGGAGCCUUCGGGCAUGUGGACGGUGUUGUUCGGGGCCCCGCAGCUGUCAGAGCAGGAGAUGGACGCGCUGUGUUACCAGUUACAGGUUUACCUUGGCCAUAGUUUGGACACUUGCGGGUGGAAGAUCCUUUCCCAGGUGCUCUUCACCGAGACCGACGACCCCGAAGAGUACUACGAGAGCUUGAGUGAACUCCGGCAGAAGGGCUACGAAGAGGUGCUGCAGCGGGCUCGCAAACGCAUCCAGGAGCUGUUGGAAAAACACAAGAAUACAGAAAGCAUGGUAGAGCUGCUUGAACUGUAUCAAAUGGAAGAUGAAGCCUACAGUAGUCUUGCAGAAGCCACCACAGAACUGUACCAAUACCUACUACAGCCCUUCCGAGAUAUGAGGGAACUUGCAAUGCUCAGAAGACAGCAGAUCAAGAUCUCCAUAGAGAAUGAUUACCUAGGCCCCAGGAGGAUUGAGAGUCUACAAAAAGAAGAUGCAGAUUGGCAGCGGAAAGCCUACAUGGCUGUCCUUUCUAUUCAGGAUCUUACCGUUAAGUACUUUGAAAUAACAGCCAAAGCACAGAAAGCUGUGUAUGAUCGAAUGCGAGCAGAUCAGAAAAGGUUUGGUAAGGCAGCAUGGGCGGCAGCAGUAGAACGUAUGGAAAAGUUGCAGUAUGCAGUUUCUAAGGAGACUCUGCAGCUGAUGAGAGCUAAAGAAAUCUGUUUGGAGCAGAAGAAACAUGCACUGAAAGAAGAGAUGCAGACUUUGCAAGGUGGUACAGAAGCCAUAGCCCAUUUGGACCAGUUGGAAGCUGAUUAUUAUGAUCUACAGCUUCAGUUGUAUGAAGUGCAGUUUGAGAUUUUGAAGUAUGAAGAGCUGCUGCUGACAGCACAACUUGAAAGCAUCAAAAGACUUUUGUCAGAGAAGAAAGAUGAAGUGGUAUAUUACGAUACUUAUGAAAGUAUGGAAGCCAUGCUUGAAAAAGAAGAUAUGGCAACAUCUAUACACUUACAAAGAGAAGAGCUGCAGAAGUUGCAACAGAAAAUCCGCCAGCUGGAAGCAAGGCGUGGACGCAUUUCAGCCAAGAAAGCUUACCUCAGAAAUAAAAAGGAUGUUUCCUUCUCCUCCAUACUGCCUGGAUUCCAGCAAGCGGAAUGUUUGAGAUCAAAGAAGAUACGGCCGCCAUACUCUGUUCUAGUGUCCAAGGGACCCUGGCAGUUGGGAAGAACAAUUACAGGAAAGGCUUUGCUCAGUAUGGCUGACACAGAGCUCUGUGGGGGAGGAGAAUGCUUAGUGGAGGAGAUCUGCAUCGCAAAGCAUAAUGAAAAGUUCCAGCAGCGCCAUCAGAGUGAAGAGAAAUACAGAAUGCAUCAUACUGUGCAACUAAAGCAAGAUCAGCUGCAAGAUGAAGAGGAAAGAAAGAGCUCCUGGGUUAGUCAGGAGCGACAGAAAACACUGGACAGACUUCGCACGUUUAAACAGCGGUACCCUGGGCAAGUAAUACUUAAAUCAACCAGACUGCGACUGGCUCAUGCAAGAAGUAGUAGUAUACCCAGCUCAGUGCCCUGUGUAGAUCAACCUCAAUCUCUACCAGUAACCACGCAGAUCCAAAAGAAAACUGAGGAGGUGGAAUCAGGAAAAGUAAUCCAGCCUUUCCAAACCCAGGAGCCCAGAAGCUUAGAACAACUUGAAGAUAGUUCGUUACCUCCCAGUGGCAUUACCUCUGAACUGUCUCAUCAUACUACUCCUCCUCUUCUUCCCAGUAAUGAGCUUCAACCAGAUACUGUUACUGUAGUUCCACUUCCGCCUCCUUUGCCGCCGCUGCCGCCACCACCGCCGCCACCUCUGCCUAUCAAGGAAGACUCUACUGAACCUUUAGAGAAAAGUGACAGCCCUGUUAAACAGGAGAGUGAGGAUACAGGAGUCCCACAGUCUACCACUGUCCCAUCAGCACAUCUUUUUGAUAGCAGUCAGUUAGUCAGUGCCAAGAAGAAACUUAAGAAGACAGAUCUAGAGGGUUUACAAAGGAGGAGAGUGAGUUCCCCAAUGGAUGAGGUGCUGGCUUCCUUGAAGCGUGGUAGUUUUCACCUAAGAAAAGUUGAGCAGAGAAAUCUCCCUCCUUUCCCUGAUGAAGAUGACAGCAAUAACAUCUUGGCACAGAUAAGAAAAGGGGUGAAACUGAAGAAGGUGCAGAAAGAUGUUCUGAGAGAGUCUUUUACAAUUCUGCCUGACACUGACCCUUUAACACGUAGCAUCCAUGAAGCACUGCGAAGAAUUAAGGAGGCAUCACCUGAAUCAGAAGAUGAAGAGGAGAGUUUGACUUGCACAGACUGGGAAAAUUAACCUGUGACUAGCAGCCACUGAAGAAAGGAAAAAAACAUCAACAAAAAAUACCCCACAGCUGGAGAUCAAUCUUCCUCUUCGUUUCAGAAAAUUCAAAGCCAGCAAUUUUGACCAUCAGCUGCAUGGCAGAAAUAGCUUCUUUUGGCAAAUGAUUGAGUAUGUGAAAAAAACGUGAAACAUUGAUUUUUUUUUUCAGAUUAUUUUUAUUCAUUCCACAAGUGCAAGGUUGGACAAAAAGCUAAGUUGUUUAGAUAUGCAUUUUAUAUAACUAAUGAGAAAAGGGUCUUCAGGAUGUUUUCUCAAUUAUUUAAGCACUUUUUACAUUUGCAUUAGUAUAUAUGGCCAGUUAAGUGAGGGAACAUUUUAAGUGGAAGAAUGCUGCAUUGAUAAAGCUACUGGGGGAUGCAGUUAAAACAUCAGGACAGCUAUGAAACCUACUUCUACUUUUCAGUGCACUGAAAAUAUCAUCUGCUUGAAAAACAAAUUUAAUAGCUGUACCACAAUAGCUAAAAUUCAGAUAGAGAUGCAAAUAAGAUCUCUUUAGUUAUUCUUCUCACUGCAAAGAAAUGUAUGUUAGUAUGAAAAAUAACAACAAAUGACUGUACAGUCUAAGUACCAUAAUAGUGGAAUACAUGUAUUUAAGAAUGUAGGGUUUACAAUAUGGUACACUUAACAUGGCAUAUUGCAGCAACUUUUAGAAGGUCAUAUAUAAUCUUACACCCUACAUUUUAAAAGUAGAUUUCCAUGCUCUUGUAAACAGUAAUAUUUAGGUGAGAUGAACUGAGUUAGUUAUACCAUACAUACACAUUUGUUAUAAGAAGCAAUAUUUUGUAAUUUGAUAAUACUUACAUUAUUUUCUCUGUUAGCUUGAACUGUUCUUGUUUGAUUACUGUAUGCAACCUUCUUUACUUUCUUAUUUAAGGAGAGCGCAGGAACUUAACAUAUUAACAUCAGUUACGGAAGUUAUGCUUCUCUGUUAGUUGUUAAUAUUCCUUUAGCAGCUACAAAAAAAUCAUCCAUACCUAACAGCCUGUUUGGCUGAAAACUACACUUCCUUUUAAUACUGGCUGUAUGUGGCUCUAAAGGAGGGGAGGGUACAGUUUUCAACGCAGUGAGAACUUAAAAAGAAAUAAUCCUGAACUGCAUGACUAAUAGCUGCGGGCAGCUAGUUUUAUAAUGCCAGAGUACUUAGAACUCUGUAUAAGAUGUACCUCUAAGUAAUCUUGUACUAUGUUAAAGGCUCUGUGUAAUGUUUGUUAGUUGAGAAACACUCUAGUUAUAUGAAAGUCUUGACCAGCGUUUAUUUUUAUUAAAUUUUACGUACUGUUUGAGAGACACGCCACCCCUUUCCUUUUACAAAAUGAUAUUUUUGUUCAGUAUUCACUUUAUGAAGGACAAAUGACUGUACUCAUUUUCAUUUAGAAGCAGAUUCGUGAAUUGCUACUGUUUAACGGAUGUACUAUUCUCAACUUUUAUAACAGUUCUUCUUAAAAUAGGUGUGGGAGCAGAUACCUACCUUGGCAAUAGGUUAUAUAACCAAAUGAACCUCAGAUCUUGAACCUUUAGGCUGUUCUACAAUUAUGUCCUGAAUAAUAAGAUCUGUCAUGUUUUGAAAGAUAAUUUGCCACACUAUACUUGGCAUUGAUAGACAUUUUUCUUGAUUUUUUUUUGGCCUUAUUAUAAUGUCUAGUGAACAUUUUCAUUUCAAAAGGAAGCUUAUGAGCAGCAUUUUCAGAAUGAUACCAGUUUUGCUCCAGGUAUCAGGUUUGGGGCAGUAUCUUUCUUGGAUGUAUCAAGAACGAGGCUCUGUCCAUCAUUAGCUUGUCAAGGACCUGACAACUUAAACUUCUUCCCAGUUUAUUCUAUGGUUUUACAUCCUAACUAAUCAUUUCAAAAUUUAUCAUGUGUAAUCAUUUAGCAUAGAUCAUAAAUGUAAGUAGUUUGUGUGCAGAUGGUUUACAGGCAUCCAUAUUCCAGAUUACAUUACACUAUAAACUGGGUCCAAUGCAUGAAUUUUUAGCUGUAGCACAAAACAGAAGUAUCUGCAAAUUAGAAUGAUAUAGUGCUGCAAGAAACAAAAGUGCAGAUUGGACAGUGUGCAUAAAACUGAGUUGGGGGGUGAAUAGGUAAUUUGAAAAACAGGCAUAAUGUUCCUUCCCCUUACACUAAAUUUAUUAUCCACAAAUUUAUCACUAUAUAGGGAGAUGUUUAAAUAGCUCUGUACUGUGGUGUUUCUCAGAUUUAUCUACAUAUGAUUUGUCAACUUUGCCUUGAAAACUUGUUCAUGAUUAAAAAUAACCUGUCCUUGAUAGACUUAUAUUUAGUUAAAAUAUUAGAUUCCUGACUGAGUCUGUAUACAUUGCUUAUUAAUAGGAAUAUCAUAUUUUAUGCACAUGCACACAAAAGAUAGGUGCUGUGCUGAGCAUAACAGUUUAUAUCAAAUUCAAAUGCAACUUUAAAAAGGAAAGAAGGUGUGUGUUUUCUAGAGAAUAUUAAAAAUCAGAUUUUAAUCUAAAGUCGUUACUGGAUGUCACAGUUUCAAAUAGUUCUUCAGUUUAAUAGCCAUUUACAAUUCAUGCAUAAAAAUACUCCCAGUGCUUUUAGAUGAUGAUUUAUACUGGUAUUGCAAUAAAAGUUAUAUGGGGGAAAGUCCAACUACUUUCACAAGUGUGUAGAGAAUUGGACAAUCCUUGCUGUAACUGACAGGAGGUUUAUUGAACAGCUCUGCACUUGAGAGACCAUGGCAACCAUCACUAUGGGGAUGGCAUUAAUACUUACUUGUGUAUAAGAGGAAAAAAAAAGCUUGCCCAUAAAAUGAUCACUAGAGAUUUUCAUAUUUUCUCUUCAUGGAUGCACUACAUCAGAUAUGCUGAAUUGUUCUGUUCCUAGCCACUGAUCUUCAACAAUUGCUCACUUUGCGGAUUUUACAUGCCAAGAUACUUGCUUGCUUGUUCAAAAUAGAGCUGUUUGGUAGUGAAAUGGGUUCACUAAGGUAAGGAAUUGGAAUUUCCCAAUCUGAAAUACAUAUAGAUUCAUGAAGCAUGAGUAUAUACUGUACUUUGGGGACUGAGAUUUAUCAGUGAGAAAAAGGAAUUAAAAUGGUUUAUUAGAGCAACCAAAAUGAAAGGUAAACAACAAUAGUCUUUUGAUCAGGAAUGGGAUUAGCAUUUAUUUCAAUUUCUGUACCUUCCUACAGUGGUCCCAAAAUCCAUUAAAAUUACUAACAUUCUUAUUUUAUUCACUUUUGCAUAUUAUGUUUGCGUAUUUUGAGCGUGAUUUAGUUUUAAUGCAUAGAUGAAAGUUUUGUUUCUCUUUUAAAUGUUACUGUAAAGAUUUCUUUAAAGAGUUUAGCAGCCUGUAUGCAACACCACAUAGCUGUUAAAUAAAUAAACUUGAUCAGAUAUUGUGGUGUUCAAUGGCUGCAUCAGGGACUUUGGGUCAAUAGACUUAAUCAGAUUCUUUGUAAGAAUCACUUUGCCUUUCAGCAUUGUGUUCUGUAACGUCAAAUCUUCAAACGCUGAGCAGUUCUUUAUUGAAAUUGCAACCAAUUGAGAUGAGGAAGCAGAAACUUUCAUUAGUUAAUGUUUCUCUUAUUCCUUUAUUGCACUGAAUUUAAAGUAACUGUAAAUUAAGGUUAUCUGUAGUUUAAGCAGCUGUUUUCAUUGUAAUGCUUAUGUACUUACUUUACCUGUGUUAUUUCUGGUAAUGAUUCCAUAAGCACGAAGCAAGAUACUAUGUAUAAUGUUAGAGAAUCAAUGUGCUACAGAGAAGCAGUAAGAACUGGAAGCAUCUUAUUGACAGAGCAUGUUGCAUUUACUGAAUGCUAACAGGGCUGCCAAGAGCAGGUGCAGGCCCCUGUUAAAAAAAAAUUUCAAGCCCCCCCAGGAAGGGUGGACUGGCUAAAUGGGGCUGAUGAAGCUGGGCCCUGGUAAUUUGUACUGGGUUCUUCCCCUUCCCCCCCAUCAGCCCUGAAUGCUAUAAAGUAUAUUGGACAGUAGGUUCAGUCUAAAAGUGCUCUUUGGUAUAGUGAAGCACAUUAACCUGCAUUGCUAUCUAAUGCUGUGUAAAAUACAGCAGUGGCUGUUUUUAUCCUAUGAAUAUACUGUAAUUUAAAGUUUUCCUACAAAAUGAAUUUAUAUUUAGUUGCUGCCUAAAACAUUGUGUAUUAAAGGUUAGAAUUUUAGGAAGGGGCUGGGUAUGCCAAUGUAUUUUGGGAUAGGGUGUGUUGUAUAUAUUAUGCCUUGCACUGCCCAUUCAGUUACGACUUCGUCCAAAAUUCCUGGCUUUGACCAUGGUGAAUCUGCAACUUGUGAAUUACAAUGAAAUUCUGUAAAUCCCAUCUCCUAAAACCUGUGCCCUUGGGCCUCCUAACAUUACCAAAAUGGUCUUCCUUCCAUUCCCCCAUGUGGAUGUUCAGAUAUCUUUAAAUAUGGAAUAUGACCAAUUUGUGACUUUACUGGGCCUAUAAGUAUGUGAAUGAGGAAGACUGCCUACAGCUGAUAGAAAAGACCAACUAAGCGGGUGUCUGUUAAAAGAAAAAUCUUGACUAGGAGCAUAUUGCUCAUUUAUGGUCUCAGUGGGUAGGAGCCCAACAAAUACAAAGCACAGCAUCAAGUUUAUAAAUAAUUCAUCAUGGUUUUUAUUCACAUUCUGCUUGGCCAUUCAGAGGUUCCACAGUAAUUAAUUUACCGGUAGAGUGGCUUGAUUUUCAAGUCUUCACAUCCAUCGGAAGAUACUUUUCAUCCUCAUGAAUUGUGGAGAGGUAUGUGAUUAGAGACAGACCACUAUGACCUCUCCAUACAUGUUUCUGUGGUUGCUGCCUACUUUACAAGUUAUCUUAGUGUUUCUAAGUGCAGAGCCUCAAAGUAGGUAAAAUGCAGAAAGCUGCAGAUUUGCAUGAAUAAAGGGUUAAGAAAACUGACACUUUCUAGCUUGGUUGAAUAAAUAAGAAAAAACUGAUUCACCAUCCACUAGCUUUGUGCAAUAUUAUGAAUAGAAUCAAACACUAGCACAUUGUGGUUGGCUUUAAGAAAGUCUUUAACACAAUUAUAUUUAAAUGGACAUUUUAAAUGCACAUUGUAUUAUAAAACUACUCCUGCAAAUUUACAAUACCUAAUAAUGCUCAAUGUUAAGUAUUAAGCAACAAGUGUAAAAAAUAAAAACUAUUUGAGCAUUUCUAGCAAUACCUGAAAACUAAAAAGAAAAAAUAUUGGUUUGACUGUUUGCCCUUUGCUCUUUCUUUAGUGCAACUUUCUGUAAUUAUUAUUAUUCUGUGUAUUUCAUGUUUUUACUAUCAUGACUUCAAAGUGAAACCUGUACACCAAGUACUGAAAUUACCUUUUUCUUGUACAGGUGAUGUAACAACAUACUCACAGUUUUGGUGCUUAAAAAUGAUUUUUUUCUUUAAUAAAGGAUAUUUAUUUGAA